AUGAGCAUGGCCUCUUCUACGUCCCAGUUGCGUCUAAGGCGAGCCCUGAUAGUCCUGCUGGGGAUUUUCCUGGUCUUCUACUGUCUAUGGCCUUCUCGUCGUGAGAGCGCCAUCGUUGUGACCAGCGCGAGUGCGGGCGCUCGAGCUGGCGGGAGCAGCGGCGGUGUGUCACGCCCCGAAAAGGCACCACGCCCCCAGCAGGCCUGGACCGAACAAGACUUACACGAAUGGGAUAAUCUCGAUGUGAUCAAAAAUGAGACUCUAGGUGUCGAGAAAAUAUUUGCUAUCAAUCUCCCCAGCAGGCCCGAUAAGCGGGAUAAUAUCAUCCUCACAUCGGCCGUCACGGAAUUUCGUGUCGAAUGGGUGGACGGGGUCACCCCUGAGGAAAUCAGCCCUAAAUCUUAUCCCUACAACUGGGGAUACGAUCAUAAGCCGACCGAGUAUGCUGCUAGGAGAGCCCAUCUCAAUGCUAUUCAACGAGUGGUUGAAGAGAGACUCGGCAGCGCAAUCGUAAUGGAAGACGAUGUCGACUGGGAUGUCUCAGUAAAAGCGCAACUACAGAGCUUCGCUCUCGCAGCCAGAGCUCUCCAAGAAACGCGAAACCAAAUGACCCUGUCUCCAUACGGUGAUGACUGGGAUGUUCUCUGGCUGGGCCACUGUGGCAUUGCAUGCAAGACCGAUCAGCCUUUCUACCUUACGCCCACCGACCCAACCAUUCCCAAGCCUCAUCACUUCCUACCCUACUGGCGCGACCCUCCAGUUUUCGAGGGCCACACGCGACCCGACCACAGUCGACUGACUUGUGCCGCUAGCGAUGGUGUAUGCUCCACCUUUUAUGCCGUGAGCAACCGCGGUGCGCGUAAGAUCCUCGCAGCGCUGUCAGUUAAUCCCUCUGGUCUGGCAGAGGAGAUUGACACAGGUGCUCAAUUCGAUGUCUCCCUGGGUCGCAUGUGCGGUCACGGAUAUCUUCGAUGUUAUGGUUCAUUCCCGGCUAUCAUUGGAGGCUUCCGUGCUGCGGGAGUCAAGGGCAAGAUUUCUGAUAUUCACGUUGAAGAAGGCGAGGACUCGGAGGCGUUUAGCUUUGGAGUGAUGUAUAGCACCAUGUUGAACAUUAACCGCCUGCUUAGAGGUGAACGCACUGUUCACGCCACUUGGGAUGAUGCGGAUGUUAUGGAUGUGAUUCCUAGUGAGAUCACCAUGAAGAAGGGGGUGAAGUAUAGCCCGGGAGUCCCUCCACCAGUUUGA